AUGGAGCAAAAUCUCAAGCUCACACCCAUAGAUGGAGCUUUACUCAAUGAUCCUAUGAAAUACCGAUUGUUAGUGGGAUGCUUGAUCUACCUCACUGUAACAAGGCUUGACAUAGUAUAUUCAGUUAAGACAUUGAGUCAAUUCAUGCAUGAGCCUAGAAAACCACAUUGGGAUGCAACACUCUGUGUUCUCAGCUUCAUCAAACAUUCUCCAGGUCAAGGAUUAUUAUUUCUUGCAUCUAACAAUCUUGCUUUGACAGAUUAUUGUGAUUCAAACCAUGCUGGUUGUCGUACCACAAGACAAUCUGUCACAAAUUUUUGUAUUUUUCUGGGAAAUUCUCCCAUAUCAUGGAAAUCCAAAAAGCAACAACAACUUUCUCGUUCAUCUGCAGAAGUAGAGUAUCGAGCCAUGGCUAAUGCUUGUUUGGAACUAACUUGGCUACGAUACAUACUACAUGAUCUGAGAGUCCCUCAGGUUAACCCAGCUCCAUUAUAUUGCGACAGUCAGGCUGCUUUAUAUAUUGUUGUGAACCCUGUAUUCCAUGAGCGCACCAAACAUAUUGAGAUAGAUUGUCACAUCAUUCGAGAAAAGCUACUUGCCGGACUGAUCACUCCUUCAUAUGUUCCUUCCCAUGCUCAGAUAGCAGACAUUUUUACGAAGCCUUUGGGAAAGAACGACUACACUAGAUUAAGCAAUAAGUUGGGACUUCAUGACAUUCACUCUCCAACUUGA